AUGGGGGCCGAUUCGUCCAUCAGGCAGCUCGCGCAGUGCCUGGAGGUCGGCCUACCCUUCGACGUCCGGAAAAUUAGGGUCUGCAGCGCCUCUGCUCUUUUGGGGAAACCGGGCGUCCUUGAGUUCGCAAAAGCCAAUCGUGGCGGGGGGACCCCAGCAACGUGUGCUCAGGCCGCCGGGGGGGGACACCUUGGGAUCGUCAAGAGCCUUCGAGCACAGGGCUGCGGCUGGGAUGCAAAUACAUGCCGGCAGGCUGCCAUGGGGGGUCACCUCAAGGUCCUGAAAUGGGUGAGGUCAAACCGGUUCGGGUGGUUGACGGGCUCGAACGUGUGCACGAAGGGGCGUGCGCCGGUGCUGCCCGAGGCGGUGACUGCUGUUUCUGGACCGCGCGAAGGGGAGAUAUGGUCAUGCUUCAGUGGCUCCGGGAACGAAACUGUCUUGGGAUCUGUAUGGAUCAUGGAACGUGUGGACGGGGGGGGUCCAUGCACUGGGGCUGCACGGGGCGGCCACCUUGACAUCGUGAAGUGGGGGAAGAGGAAUGGAUGUCGAUGGGACAAGCGAACGUGUGACCUUGCAGCACAGGGCGGGCACCUAAACGUGUUGAAAUGGGCUAUUGAAAACGGGUGCGGGUGGGACAGCAACACGUUUGUGGGGGCUGCCUGGGGAGCGAACCUUCAGGUUUUGCGUUGGGCACGAGCGAACGGCUACCCGUGGGAUACACGCUCUUGUUCGAUCGCGGCCAGACGAGGGCACCUCAAGGUUCUGCAACGGCUGCGCGGAAACGGUGGUCCUGGGGAUGCCCAAACCACCAUGAAGGCAGCCGAGCGCUGGCACCAGGAACUCUUGAUUUGGGCCCUAGACAACCAUGGCGUUUGGGACUCGCGCAUUCCGCUGAUUGUUGACUCGAACAGCUAUCGCUACAUUUCUCGGUGGGCGCGUGGUUACGAUCGGGCCAUUCACAAGCGAAGGUUCAGCUUGAUAUCAAAAUGCGAACCUUGGCUAGGUGUGUAA